AGGGCGGGCGGUUGGGCUUUACGUCACCACGCUGACGCUGACACUGACGACCCUGCGUCAUCGCGCAGGCCCGAGAGCGCGGGCCGGGACGAGGCGCGCGGCGAGUUCGUUAAACCGGCGCCUUCCUCACAGAGUCGACAAUGUUUUACCACAUUUCUUUGGAACAUGAGAUCCUCCUUCACCCUCGAUACUUUGGCCCUAAUCUCCUCAAUACCGUCAAACAGAAGCUCUUCACUGAGGUGGAAGGAACCUGCACUGGAAAGUAUGGAUUUGUCAUCGCAGUCACUACCAUAGACAACAUUGGUGCAGGCGUCAUUCAGCCCGGACGGGGAUUUGUGCUGUACCCUGUCAAGUACAAGGCCAUUGUUUUCCGCCCCUUUAAGGGAGAGGUUGUCGAUGCUGUGGUCACGCAGGUCAACAAGGUUGGACUCUUCACUGAAAUUGGUCCAAUGUCCUGCUUCAUCUCCAGACAUUCUAUCCCAUCAGAAAUGGAAUUUGACCCCAAUUCCAACCCUCCCUGCUACAAGACCAGCGAUGAGGACAUCGUCAUCCAGCAAGAUGAUGAAAUUCGACUGAAAGUUGUGGGAACCAGAGUGGAUAAAAACGACAUUUUCGCCAUUGGCUCUCUGAUGGACGACUUCCUCGGACUUGUGAGCUAAAGCUACCGCAGGCCACCCGGAGCCGCUGGAGGGGGGGGGGGGGAGCGGAUACAGACUCUGAAGGCGAUCGCUUGCCUUCCCCAGUGCAAUGUCUUCACGCCACCUCUCCCGGACCCGCUCAAUGUCAACACGCCUGCUCUUGGGUGCGAGCCUGUGGGUGCCGAUCUGUUCCGAGCACCAAGCCUGCUUUAAAACGGCCGUGUUGGUUGGAGCCACGAUGCCCUCUUCCCUGGAUUAGCCACGGUGAUCCUUCUCGGCCCAAAGGCAGGCGUUAGUGGUUCAACACACAGAGAGAGAGGGGCUUCACUGGAGUGACUCUGCUCCUCCUCCCAGAGCAGCAGCUUGAUCCUGUUUGUAUAGAUUUUAUAUCAAUGGUGCGCAAUGCAAAUAUCAGAAGUUCUCGCAGCGGAAUUAGGCCGUUCGGCCCAUCAAGUCUACUCCACCAUUCCAUCAUGGCUGAUCUGUCUGUCCCUCUCAACUCUAUCCUCCUGCCUUCUCCCCAUAACCUCUGACACCCGUACCAAUCAAGAAUC